AUAAAGCUUACUAGUUCUUCUGUCUAGACAACACGGCUACAUUUGACGCUCACACACUUGCCCCCAUUCUUAAAAAAACACCAAGACCUCCCCCGACAAGUUUUCCCAUGAAGAUUUACGUUGCAGUUGCCGCAUCGGCUUUGGCUGUGUCUUCCGUGAAUGCAGUUUCAGACCGAGAAGUGUCAUUAUCAGCCGAGCUGGAAGUCACCGAACGCCCGUCAUACCGCAGUCGUGCUCUUGUUGCGUCUACCUCGACCAGUUUUGUCAGGUCGCUGAAGAAGACCCCCAACUCCGAUAAAUAUCACACUAAACCAGUCCGUGUGAUCCAAGCACGGGUGCAAAGCGAUGCCCCAAUCUGGAACGAGACGACCAAUGCAUUCGGCUCCAAGUACUACGACACGGCUGAGGAGCAAUUUCGCGGUGCGCUCGACACCGUAAACACGGCAUCAGUCGAAGGAGCACUCAUGUACGUGCAAGCCGAGGGAAUCAACUACAACACUCGCAGUGAAGAGGACAGAUGCUGGCGCAAAAACGGCAUGCAGUAUGUUGUCUUCUAUGACAUCGUGUUCGCCCAAACCAACGAGACAGUGGCCGAGUACGAGUCGGAAUACGGUCCUAUGCUACCCAUGGACGGCGGUCAGUGCACGCCAAUAUCCGGAACAAACGUGUUCUCCAAGGAAUGCGUCUCUCUGAAUGGCAACACGAGCGUACCGAACCUUGGCCCGUUCAUCGGUGGCGAAUCGAAAGAGACUGACGCGCGUGCGCCGUACCCGAACUGCUGGUGGUACUCGUUCCCUAACAACUGUCCACUUCAGAAGUGGGCGAACAAGACCGAGGAAUGCCGCGACUCAACUCGUCAAGGACUCUGCGAUAUGGACACUUUGCCGGACGGUAUUUCCUGUACAUACAACUACCGAAUUCUCGGCUACGUGCCUAUUGACGACGCUGUCGGCAUCACGGCCAUGACGAACAAGGCCACAGGCGAGAAGUACGCAAACUUCACCGAAUUCUGUGAGGCCGGUGGCGUCGAGUUCCAAGCUUCGGAGGCAGGUGUCUGGAACGCCAGUAUUCCGUUCUGGAAGGACCCACAGAACGCGACGGCCAAUGCUGUGCGCACGCAGAAGCUGCUGUCGGCCUAUGCUAAUCUACUUAAGUCCAACAAGUCGUCGCAGAUUGAGAGUGCAGUGAUCAGGCACAUGCAACCGCUGCCGACCGUAGCUGAGCUCACUGCUGGCAACCCGCCGUGCUACUUCAAUGUCAAGGACUGCGACUCGGAGUUCGGCUGUAAGCGCGAGCUCUACGGACAGAUGUGCACACUCUGCAACAGCACGGCCACGGGAUGCGUCCCGCCUCCUGAGAACUUUACCUUCCCGACUCUGGCGAAGGCGGUGGUGACGGUAGAUGCGACGACUGGCUCGACUGCGUCCAGCUCCGUUCUGGCGGCUGGUGUGGCGGUGGCAUCGGUUGUGCUUUCAGUCUUGCUAGCCUAAAGCCGAAAUGGAUGCACGUACAUCACUGGCUUAAUGAUUAGUGAAGAAAGAUCAUUCUAAGUGACAACGCACUUCAACUAGAACCGGCUGCUUUCAGCGCCAUCAUUAUUCUUGCAUAAAUCUGAAAUCGAAUAAAAGUGUAUCCAUACCA